CCAAAGACAGGAAGAGCAAGGCGGCAAGCGGCAAGCAACUUUCGCCAAGGGAAAGGGUACCGCUACACCGCUUUGAUAUGCAAAUAAGUCGGGGCAUGCUUUGCGCUUGUGGUAUCGUAGAAACCUGUAAACAGUCCAAGAUGGCUGCCUGCUUGCAGGCACUCGCAGAGCUGCAUUGACGAGAUCCAGUUUUGUGCUGGAGUUUGUCUCAAAGAGUUGUGUUUUUCUCACUUUUGGAUGCUGGACAUUUUACUAGGAUAUAAGAGAAAUUCUGAAAACUAAAAAUGUCUGCAGAUCCACAAGCAAGUGGAAAAGAACGCCAAAAGAGCGCCGAGAAAAACAAAUCCCGGCUUGCUGCUUUGGCGCCAGGGGAAAACAUAAAAGAGAAACAGCAAAAACUGAAGGAAGAGCGAGAGGCUAAGAGAAACCAGCUAGAUGAAAGGCACUACUAUGUCUUACAAACAGUGGCUGAUGGUCUUGGCAUGGAGAGAUCAGAGGUGGAGGAUGCCAUUCUGGAGGGCAAUCAGAUUGAGACAAUGGAAAAAUUUCUGGGAGUGAAUGGUUGCAACAGGCUUCUCUUUUACUACCAGGAACCAGAAAAUGAAAAGGACACAGGCCACCAUGUUGAGUUUGUUAAUGCUGGAGAUUAACUUCACUAUGCUGGACUGCAACGGUCAAGGCGCCAACGGCCGGGGCCUGCUUCACGCGGUGGAGAACGUGCUGUCUAACGUGUUUAUUCCUGCCCUGAAGAAGUUGGAAAAUGGCUGGGAGCAGUUGUCCAAUCAGGAGGGAGACGGAAUUCGCAGCGAGUUCCUCAAUUCGCUCGAUUCUUUUGUGUCUGUGCUAGUUGGGGCCCAGGAGAGUCUUGAAGAAAAAGUGACCCUCAAGACAUGUGAGGGUUAUGAACUGGCCAAGGUGAACACCAUCGCUGACUACCAGGCUGUGGCAAACAGCACCGAGUCUCUGGAGAAAAUAGAGGAAUGCAUGAGGGUGUGGGUCAAGCAGAUUGAGCAGGUGUUGGCAGAGAGUGAGCAGAUGAGAAGAGAGGCAGACGACAUCGGACCCAGAGCAGAGUUGGAGCAUUGGAAGAAGAGGAUGUCAAAGUUCAACUAUUUGGUGGAUCAGAUCAAAGGUCAUGAUGUCAAGGCCGUGUUAGGCAUUCUUCAUGCUGCCAAAUCCAAGCUCAUCAAGCUGUGGCAGGAGCUGGACCGUCGCAUCACUGACACUGCCAACGAGGCCAAGGACAAUGUGAGGUUCCUGUACACCCUGGAAAAACUCUGCAACCCUCUCUACAACAGUGACCCAGUGGGCAUGCUGGAGGGCAUCCCUGCGCUCAUCAACGGCAUCAGGAUGGUGCACAGCAUCUCCCGCUACUACAACACUUCGGAACGCAUGACCUCUCUCUUUGUCAAGAUCACGAACCAAAUGAUCACUGCUUGCAAAGCAUACAUCACCGACAACCGCAUCGAGACUGUGUGGUCACAGCCUAUGCCCAUGGUCAGGGAGAAACUGAAGGCCUGCAUCAGGCUCAACGAGGAGUACCAGAAACAUUUCCACAGGACCAAGGCAAAGCUUGAAAACACAGCAAAUGAGCGCCCCUUUGAUUUCUCUGAGAUGUACAUUUUUGGCAAGUUUGACACAUUCACCCGCAGACUCAAGAAAAUCCUGGACAUGUUUGACACCAUUGAUCUUUACUCUCAUUUGUCUGAGAGCAAAAUUGAAGGCAUGGAACUGAUGGCCAACAAAUUCAACGUGAUUGUGACAUCUAUCCGCAAGAGGCCUUACGACUUCCUGGACCAGAGGAAGAUGGAGUUUGACCAGGACUACGAAGACUUUAAGAGACAGAUCUCAGACCUGCACAGUGCCAUUGUGAACUUCAUGGACCAGAAGUUUGAGAAGAUCAACAGCACCCAGCGGGCUCUGGUCCUCCUGCGCAAGUUUGAGAUGCUUCAGCUGGCCAACCUCAACACACAAGUGCAGGACAAGUAUCACCAAAUUCUGCAGCACUACAGCCGUGAUAUUGACAUGGUGUCGAGGAUUUACCAGAAACAGAAGAAUGAUCCUCCUCUGGACAGAGAUCACCCUCCGAUUGCAGGAAAGAUUUCGUGGGCUCGACAACUCUUCCGCAGAAUUCAGGAGCCCAUGGAAAUUUUCCAACGUCAGGGGUCAAUCCUGCAUGGCUCAGAUGCCAAGAAGAUUGUGAAGAACUACAACAAACUGGCGAAAGUCCUGCUGGAGUUUGAAGUUCUGUACUACAGAGGAUGGCUGCGUCAGAUGGAAGCUGCAAAGGCUGGUCUGCAGGCCUCUCUUCUGGUGCGUCAUCCCGAGACCAAAGAGGUGUAUGUGAACUUUGACUUCCAAAUCUUCACCAUGAUCAAAGAGGCCAACCACAUGUUCCAUCUAGGCCUAGAGAUUCCGCAAGUGGCCAAGACCAUGAGAGCCAAGGAGAUGGAGUACAAGAGCCAUUAUUCGGGCCUCUCAAUGAUGCUUGAGGAGAACAAUAGAGUGCGGGCCAAAAUCCCUACAGCUUUCGAAGCUCUGAUGGGACUUCACCUGGCCAAGGUGGACGAUGCUCUUGAGCCUGGACUGACCAUGUUGUCUUGGACCUCCACAAAAAUACCUGACUUCGUGGCCAAUGUGUACAAAAACCUGGCAGACUUGGAGCUCCUGGUGGACCGUGCCCAUGAUGUGACUGAGUUCCGUAUUGAUGCCAUUCUGCGCAGCAUGGCCUCCACCACCCUGUGUCAGCUGCCGGAGGAUGAGCCCUGGACUGUGCAGGACUUCCUUGACAAUACACAGAAACUGUGUGGCAAGGGUGCCCAGAUUCUGCAGACAAAGAGUCAGACCGUGGAAGAGGCUGCCAAUGAGCUAAUCAACAUGCUGUGUGAUGUGGAUCCCUUGGAACUAGAGGGCAAAGAGGAGGAGGAAGAGGAAGAGGAUGCUGGCUUUGAGGAGGAGGAGGGCCAGGGAGAAGAUGGUGAGGCUACCAAUCGUGAUGAACAGACUGGGGGCUCGGCCGCCCGUUCUCACGCAGGCAGUCGCAAGUCCCGCCCAGUCUCCUCAAAGGCCAAUGCCGUGGCGAAGAAGAAGAAGGAGUUGAGGGAGAACAUUGAGGAGUCAGCCAUGGAUCUAUUGACUCACUUCAACAACCGUAACCUGGAUGCCCUGCUGAAGGCAACUCGCAACACUCUAGAAGCUCUACGCAAGAGGAUCACCUCCAGCUCCAUGGCUCACUACAUCGGUGACAUGUCCUUAUAUGGAGAGCAAAAGAAGGACAGCCGGCCUUUCUUCCGCACCAAUGCCACUUUGGCCAUUCCGCAAAUUGUGAUGCACCCAGCACUUGACGAGGUUCAACAAGCGCUGAACAAAGCAGUGCAAAAUGUCAUCAGUGUCAGUGGGGCAGUGGCACAGUGGAGCAAAGAACGCAAGAAGGUGGUUAAACCAGCUCAGGUGGAUCAGCCCUCAGAAGGUGGGGAGCGACGGGCUAGCGUGGUGAGCAACGCCCCGUCUGAGAUGUCUCACCUGGAGGCUGCCAGCAAAAAAGCCGAUGCGGAGUCGGUGAAGAGCUACGUCAUUCAACAGCAGCCCAAGAACUAUUACAAGUCUGUGUCCGAUAACAAGGAGAUUGCCAAGUUGGCUUCUCUUUUGUCCACCAGCAUCAACUCCAACAAGAAGGAGGUGACCACAGCUUUGGAUCAGUUUGCAGACUACCACAAAAUCUGGGAGAAGGACAGGGAGGUGGCGUUGGAAGAGUUCAUGAAGGAUGACCCCAAAUUGUCUGAGUUUGAGGCAGUGGUCCGAAGCUAUGAGGAAAUGGAGAUAGAAAUUAACAGCCUGCCAGAGUACUAUGAUGCAGGACCCAUUGCUCUUUACACUGAACAUCUGAAGAUUGGCUUGACCACGGAGACCAAGGCAUGGCGUAUGACCUUUGGCAAGUUCUGCAACAAUAAGUACAAGACAGAGAUGGAGGAAAUCUUCAACUUCAUCGAGGACCUCAACAAGAGGCUGACACGCCCAAUCAAAGACCUGGAUGAUAUCCGCUUUGCCAUGGCUGCUUUGAAGGACAUCAGAGAAAGUGAAAUCAGAAUUGACAUGUGUAUUGGACCAAUUGAGGAGUCCUAUGCUAUGUUGAACAAACAUGAGUUGAAGCCAGAGAAGGAAGAGGCUGAGAAAUGUGACACUCUGAGGUACUCCUGGGAGAGGCUGCAGGCCCAGGCUGUGGAAGUCCAGGACCAUCUGUUGAAGAUCCAGCCUGACUUCAAGCAAGAUCUUAUUGAGGAUGUCAAGGUCUUCAAAGUUGACUGUGAUGACUACUACUCAAGCUAUGAUGAGAAAGGUCCCAUGGUGGCAGGUGUGCCACCUCGGGAGGCCUCGGACAGACUGGUCAUCUACCAGAACACGUUUGACACGCUCCACAGAAAGUUCAUCACCUACACCGGGGGUGAGGAGCUCUUUGGUCUGUCGGUUUCCGAGUACCCCAAGCUGCUGCAGAUCAAGAAGGAGCUGAACCUGCUGCAGAAACUGUACGGCCUGUACAACAACGUCAUUGACACCGUGCACGGCUACUACGACAUCUUGUGGCAGGAUGUGAACAUUGAGAAGAUCAACGUUGAGCUGCAGGAGUUCCAAAACAGAUGCCGUAAGCUUCCUAAAGCCCUGAAGGACUGGCCUGCAUUUGGGGACCUGAAGAAGACCAUCGAUGAUUUCAACGAAAUGGUUCCUCUGCUAGAGCUCAUGUCAAACAAAGCAAUGAAGCAGAGACAUUGGCAGAGGAUGUCAGACACAACGGGACAUCAGUUUGACAUUGAGGGAGAGAACUUCACGUUGCGCAACAUUCUGGAGGCACCCUUGUUGAAAUACAAGGAGGAAAUUGAGGACAUUUGUAUCAGUGCGGUUAAGGAGAAGGAUAUUGAAGCCAAGUUGAAGCAAGUGAUCUCUGACUGGGGCACUCAGGAUUUCACUUUUGGAAAUUUCAAGAACCGUGGAGAACUUUUGCUUCGGGGUGACUCAACUAGUGAGAUUGUGUCACUUAUGGAAGAUUCCUUGAUGGUCCUUAGCUCACUUCUUAGCAACAGAUACAAUGCUCCUUUCAAAAAGAACAUUCAGACAUGGGUUGCCAACCUGACCAACUCUUCUGAGAUCAUUGAGAACUGGAUGACAGUGCAGAACUUGUGGGUGUAUUUGGAGGCUGUCUUUGUUGGUGGAGACAUUGCUAAACAACUGCCAAAAGAAGCCAAACGUUUCAGCAACAUCGACAAGUCGUGGGUGAAGAUCAUGACCCGUGCCCACGAGACCCCCAACGUAGUGCAAUGCUGCGUGGGGGAGGACAUGCUCAUACAGCUGUUGCCUCACUUGUUGGAGCAGCUGGAGCUUUGUCAGAAGUCUCUCACUGGGUACCUGGAGAAGAAGAGAUUGAGCUUCCCCAGAUUUUUCUUCGUGUCUGACCCAGCUCUGCUGGAGAUUCUCGGCCAGGCCAGUGACCCCCACACCAUCCAAGCUCACCUGCUCUCUGUCUUUGACAACACCAAGAACGUCCGUUUCCAUGAGAAAAUCUAUGACCAGAUUCUGGCCAUCAUUUCCUCAGAGGGAGAAUCCAUCGAGCUGGAGAAACCGGUGAAAGCAGAGGGCAACGUGGAGGUGUGGCUCAUGAGUCUGAUGACCCAGGCCCAGAAGUCACUGCACUCUGUGAUCAGGACGGCCGCCAUGGCCAUACAGGACCAGAGCUUCAACCUCCUGGAGUUCCUCAACUCUUUCCCCGCACAGGUGGGUUUGCUUGGAAUCCAGAUGAUCUGGACUCGCGAUGCCACUGAGGCCUUGACCAACGCCAAGUACGACAGGAAGAUCAUGCCUCAGACCAACCAGGCUUUCCUUGACCUAUUGAACCUGCUCAUUGAACAGACCACCAAAGACUUGACGAAAAUGGAGAGGACCAAGUUUGAGACGCUUAUCACCAUCCACGUACAUCAGAGAGACAUCUUUGACUCCUUGUGCCGCAAACACAUCAGGAACCCAACGGACUUUGAGUGGCUGAAACAGUCUCGUUUCUACUUUGUGGAAGACACAGACAAAUGCCUCAUCUCCAUCACUGACGUGGACUUUAUCUACCAGAAUGAGUUCCUCGGCUGCACAGAACGACUGGUCAUCACUCCUCUUACUGACAGGUGUUACAUCACCCUGGCCCAGGCCCUGGGAAUGUCUAUGGGCGGGGCUCCAGCUGGACCUGCUGGGACUGGGAAGACAGAGACGACCAAGGACAUGGGCCGCUGCCUCGGCAAGUACGUCGUCGUCUUCAACUGCUCUGACCAGAUGGAUUUCAGAGGACUGGGCAGGAUUUUCAAAGGUCUGGCCCAGUCUGGCUCCUGGGGCUGUUUCGAUGAGUUCAACAGAAUUGACCUCCCGGUGUUGUCAGUGGCUGCUCAGCAGAUCGCCAUUGUCCUGGCUUGCAAGAAAGAGAGAAAGAAGCAGUUCAUCUUCACAGACGGAGACACAGUGGACAUGAACACAGAGUUUGGCAUUUUCCUCACAAUGAACCCUGGAUACGCUGGACGACAGGAGCUGCCAGAAAAUCUGAAGAUCAAUUUCAGAACAGUGGCCAUGAUGGUUCCAGACAGGCAGAUCAUCAUCCGUGUCAAGUUGGCUGCUGUGGGUUUCAUUGACAAUGUGGUUCUGGCCGGCAAGUUCUUCACCUUGUACAAGCUUUGUGAGGAGCAGUUGACCAAGCAGGUGCAUUAUGACUUUGGUCUGCGUAACAUCCUGUCUGUGCUGAGAACUCUGGGAACCGUCAAACGGCUGAACCCGACAGAGACAGAACAGACGGUGGUGAUGAGAGUCUUGCGUGACAUGAACCUCAGCAAACUGGUGGAUCAGGAUGAGCCGCUGUUUGUCUCCCUUAUUGGAGAUUUGUUCCCUGGUAUCACCUUGGACAAGGCUGGUUACCCUGAGCUUGAAGCAGCUAUUUCCCGAAAUGUGGAAGAUGCCAAACUGAUCAAUCACCCUGACUGGUCCAUCAAACUGGUGCAGCUGUUUGAAACACAGCGAGUCCGUCACGGCAUGAUGGCCCUGGGACCUAGCGGUGCCGGCAAGACCUGCUGUAUCCACAUGCUGAUGAAGGCCAUGACAGACUGCGGGGAGCCACACAAGGAGUGGAGGAUGAACCCCAAGGCCAUCACGGCCCCACAGAUGUUUGGUCGACUGGACGUGGCCACCAACGACUGGACUGAUGGUAUUUUCUCCACUCUCUGGAGGAGAACCACUCGUGUGAAGAAAGGUGAGCAUGUGUGGCUUGUGCUGGAUGGGCCUGUCGAUGCCAUUUGGAUUGAAAAUCUGAACUCUGUGCUUGAUGACAACAAGACCUUGACCUUGGCCAAUGGUGACAGAAUCCCAAUGGCCCCCAACUGCAAGAUCAUCUUUGAGCCACACAACAUCGACAACGCCUCGCCUGCCACUGUCUCCCGUAAUGGCAUGGUGUACAUGAGCAGCUCAGGUCUUGGCUGGCAACCAAUUCUGCAGGGUUGGCUGAACCACAGACCUCUCAAUGAAAGAGAUGUCAUCAUGACUCUGUUUGAGGGUUCGUUCACUGACAUGUGGAAUUUUGCCCAGCAGAACUUGGAAUUCAAAAUGGAGAUCCUUGAAGCCUUCAUCAUCUCACAGGCAUGCAAGCUCAUGUCUGGCCUGAUCCCCUUGAAAGACGAGAAAGACGGCUCAGGUCACCUGACCCGCGAACACUAUGAGCGCUUGUACAUCUUCACUCUCAUGUGGAGCAUUGGAGCCUUCCUUGAACUGGAUGACCGUGCCAAGAUGGAGGAAUUCCUGCGGAAACACGAGACCAUCAGACUGGACUUACCACAGAUCCCAGAUGGCUUUGACGCCACCAUGUUUGAUUACAUGGUGGAUUCUGAUGGGAGCUGGGUGUACUGGGGAAAGAAGGUGACGGAUUACGUGUACCCGACCGACCACGAGCCUGAGUACACCAGCAUCUUGGUGCCCAAUGUGGACAACGUGAGGACAGAGUUCCUCAUCAACACUAUUUCCAAACAGAGCAAGGCUGUGUUGCUGAUUGGUGAACAAGGAACUGCCAAGACUGUCAUGAUCAACAACUACAUGGGACAAUACAACCCAGAAUUCCAUGUAGCCCAGUCGGUCAAUUUCUCCUCUGCCACGACACCAUACAUGUUCCAGAGGACCAUUGAGAGCUAUGUGGACAAGAGGGUGGGCUCCACAUACGGGCCCCCAGCUGGCAAGAAAGCUACAGUGUUCAUUGAUGAUAUCAACAUGCCAGUGAUCAACGAAUGGAAGGAUCAGAUCGCCAAUGAGAUUGUCCGACAGCUGAUGGAGAACCAUGGCUUCUACAGCUUGGAGAAGCCUGGAGACUUCACCACCAUUGUGGACAUGCAGUUCCUGGCUGCCAUGAUCCAGCCUGGAGGUGGCAGAAAUGACAUUCCUCAGCGUCUGAAGCGUCAGUUUGCCAUUUUCAACUGCACCCUUCCCUCCAACCCAUCCAUUGACAAGAUCUUCAGUGUGAUUGGCUCAGGACACUACUGCAAGGAGAGAGGUUUCUCUGAUGACGUGGUGGCAAUGGUCACCAGUCUGGUGCCUAUCACCAGAAGGUUAUGGCAGCUUACCAAGAUCAAAAUGCUUCCAACUCCGGCCAAGUUCCACUACAUCUUCAACUUGAGAGAUUUGUCUCGCAUAUGGCAAGGCAUGCUGAACACCCAGAGCUCUGUGAUCUCCGACGUCAAGCUCCUGAUGGGACUGUGGAAACACGAGUGUUGUCGUGUCAUUGCUGACAGGUUCGUGCGUUAUGAAGACCUGCAGUGGUUUGAGAAAACGGUCAAGCGUAUUGUGACAGAGGAGGUCAGUGAGGAUGCCGGAGAGAUGGUCAUCAACAACAUGAUAUUCACUGACUUCAUGAGAGAUGCCCCAGAAGCCACAGGAGAGGAGCCUGAGGAUGCUGACUUUGACAUGCCCAAAAUCUAUGAGCCCAUUGAGAGUUUCCACCAGCUGGAGGAGAGGCUGUCCAUGUUCCUGCAACAGUACAACGACAGCAUUCGUGGAGCUGGCAUGGACCUGGUCUUCUUCAAGGACGCCAUGACUCACCUGGUCAAGGUCUCACGCAUCAUCCGCACCCCACGGGGCCACGCCCUCUUGGUGGGAGUCGGAGGUUCAGGGAAACAGUCGCUGACAAGACUGGCCUCCUUCAUUGCUGGCUACAAGACUUUCCAGAUCACACUUACCAGAUCAUACAAUGUGUCGAACCUUUUGGAAGACCUGAAGUUCUUGUACAGAACAGCUGGGCAGCAAGGCAAAGGUAUCACCUUCAUCUUUACUGACCAGGAGAUCAAGGAUGAAGGAUUUCUGGAGUAUCUCAACAACAUGCUCUCCUCUGGAGUGGUGUCCAACUUGUUUGCAAGAGAUGAGAUGGAUGAGAUUCUGGGAGAAUUGGUACCGAUAAUGAAGAAAGAGCAUCCCCGCAGACCCCCCAGCAAUGAGAACCUGUAUGAGUACUACCUCUCACGUGUCAGGGCAAAUCUUCACGUGUCCCUUUGCUUCUCUCCGGUGGGUGAGAAAUUCCGACAGAGGGCACUGAAGUUCCCUGGGCUCAUCUCGGGCUGCACCAUGGACUGGUUCCAGCGGUGGCCGAAAGAUGCCCUGAUUGCUGUGGCGGAUCACUUCCUGUCUGACUUUGAGAUUGUGUGCAGUGAGGAGGUGAAGAAACAGGUCAUCCACACGAUGGGCAUCAUUCACGAUGGGGUGGCCGAGAGCUGCACUGACUAUUUCCAGAGGUAUCGUCGGGCAACUCAUGUGACCCCCAAGUCAUACCUCUCCUUCAUCAAUGGCUACAAGACCGUGUACUCUGAAAAGAAGACCAUGAUUGGCGAGCUAGCCAACAGAAUGAACACAGGUUUGGAAAAGCUGGUGGAGGCCUCCCAGGCUGUGGCAGAGCUGAGCAAGGAGCUGGCUGUCAAGGAGAAGGAACUGGCCAUUGCUUCCGAGAAAGCAGAGGCUGUACUCAAGCAGGUUACCAUUCAGGCUCAAGCUGCUGAGAAAGUGAAGAACCAGGUGCAGAAGGUGAAGGACAAAGCUCAGAGCAUUGUGGACAACAUCGCCACAGACAAGGCCAUCGCCAUGGAAAAGCUGGAGGCGGCUCGCCCGGCCCUGGAGGAGGCUGAGGCUGCCCUGAACACCAUCAAGCCGGCUCACAUUGCCACUGUCAGACGUCUGGGCAAACCUCCACAUCUCAUCAUGAGGAUCAUGGACUGUGUGCUCAUUUUGUUCAGGAGCAAGCUGAAUCCAGUGACAGUUGACCCUGACAGACCAGAAUUUGUCAAGCCAUCUUGGAACCAUUCUUUGAAGCUCAUGGCUGACACCAACUUCCUGAAGAACUUGGUGGAGUUUGACAAAGACAAAAUCAAUGAUGAGAUGUGUGAGUUUGUGGAGCCGUACCUGGCAGCGGAGGACUACACCCUGGAGAUUGCCAAGAACGUCUGCGGUGACGUGGCUGGUCUGCUGUCCUGGACAAAGUCUAUGUACACUUUCUACUUCAUCAACAAAGAGGUUUUGCCUCUCAAGGCCAACUUGGCUGUGCAGGAGGGCAGGCUGAAGAUUGCCAUGGGUGAUCUAGAGACGGCUCAGGGUCAGUUGGAUGCUAAGGAGGCAGAGCUGAGGGCUGUACAGGCUGAGUAUGACAAGGCCAUGGCAGAGAAGCAAGCUCUGAUGGAUGAUGCGGAGACUUGCAGGCGCAAAAUGUCUGCGGCUUCGGCUCUCAUCAAUGGCCUGGGUAGUGAGAAAGAAAGAUGGACAGAACAGAGCAAGGAGUUCAAGGCUCAGAUUGGAAGACUGGUGGGAGACAUCUUGAUCUGCACGGCCUUCUUGUCCUACUCCGGACCAUUCAACCAGGACUUCCGUGCCCUGCUGAACAGAAACUGGAUGAAAGAGCUGAAGAACCGGAAGAUUCCGUACUCAGCGAACCUGAAUGUGGUGGAGCUGCUUGUCGACCCAACUCAGAUUGCAGAAUGGAACUUGGAGGGUCUACCAAAUGAUGAACUGUCUACCCAGAACGGCAUCAUCGUGACUCAAGCCUCACGCUAUCCCCUGCUGAUUGACCCACAGGGCCAGGGCAAGAGCUGGAUUAAGAAGAAAGAAGAGAAGAGUGAGCUCCAGGUGACAUCGCUGAACCACAAGUACUUCCGACAGCAUUUGGAGGACUCCAUGUCCCUUGGCCGGCCUCUCAUGCUGGAAGACAUUGGUGAGGAGCUUGACCCUGCCCUGGACAAUGUUUUGGAGAAAAAUUUCAUCAAGGUGGGCUCCACUCUGAAGGUGAAGGUUGGCGACAAAGAAUGUGACCUGAUGAAAGGCUUCACUUUGUACCUUACCACCAAAAUGCCAAACCCAUCCUACACACCCGAGAUCUCGGCCCGAACUUCCAUCAUUGAUUUCACCGUCACCAUGAAAGGUCUGGAGGAUCAGCUGCUAGGACGUGUGAUCCUCACAGAGAAAGCUGAACUGGAAAGUGAACGUUUGAAGCUGAUGGAGGAAGUAACGGCCAACAAGAAGAAAAUGAAGGACCUGGAAGACAGCCUGCUGCUCCGACUCACCACUACACAGGGAUCUCUGGUAGAUGAUGAGGACCUCAUCAACGUGCUACAUGUCACCAAGGCCACAUCGGUGGAUGUGACUCAGAAACUGGACAUUGCGGCCGAGACAGAGAUCAAGAUCAACUCUGCUCGUGAGGAGUUCCGUCCUGUGGCCACACGAGGUUCCAUCCUCUACUUCUUGAUCACAGAGAUGAGCCUGGUCAAUGUCAUGUACCAGACGUCCCUACGGCAGUUCCUGCAGCUCUUUGACCUCUCCAUGGCAAGGUCGACCAAGUCUCCUAUCACACAGAAGAGAAUCCAGAACAUUAUUGAGUACAUGACCUUUGAGGUGUUCAAGUACGCAGGCAGAGGGCUCUAUGAGAGUGACAAGAUGACCUUCACCCUGCUUCUGGCCUUGAAAAUUGAUCUUCAAGGCAUGAAGAUCAAACAUGACGAGUUCAUGACCCUUAUCAAAGGUGGUGCCUCUGUGGACACAUCGUCUGCUCCACCAAAACCGUCCCACUGCAAGUGGAUCCCACAGAUCACCUGGCUGAACCUGACGGAGCUGAGCAAACUGCACCAGUUCUCCGGUAUCAUGGAGCAGGUAGAGCGCAACGACAAGCAGUGGAGGCAGUGGUUUGACAAGGAGGCGCCCGAGGAGGAGAUUAUUCCUGACGGCUACAACAACUCUCUGGACGUGUUCAGACGGCUGUUGCUGGUGCGGUGCUGGUGUCCGGAUCGUAUUUUGCCCAUGGCAAAGAAAUAUAUCGCAGACACAAUGGGAGAGAAAUACUCUGAGGGAAUUAUUCUGGACCUGGAGAAGAUGUGGCAAGAGAGCAGCAACCGCUCCCCCCUUGUGUGCCUGCUCUCCAUGGGCUCUGACCCCACGCCCCUUAUUGAAGGACUGGCCAAGAAAUUGAGGCUUGAGUGCAAUGCCAUCUCCAUGGGUCAAGGUCAGGAGGUGCACGCUCGACGUCUGCUUCAGCAGGGUGUGGCCUCGGGAGGGUGGAUGCUGCUCCAGAACUGCCAUCUCAGUUUGGACUACGUCAACGAAAUCAUGGACGCUAUCAUUGAGACAGAGACCAUUCAUGAUGAGUUCCGAUUGUGGGUCACCACAGAAGUCCACCCGAAGUUCUCCAUUAACUUCCUGCAGAUUUCCAUCAAGUUCACCAAUGAGCCCCCGCAGGGAGUCAAGGCGGGUCUAAAGAGGACGUACGCUGGUGUCACACAGGACUUCCUGGACAUCUCCAACAUGCCCCAGUGGAAACCAAUGCUCUAUGGAGUGGCCUUCUUGCACACUGUUGUUCAGGAGAGGAGAAAGUUUGGUCCUUUGGGCUGGAACAUUCCUUAUGAGUUCAACACAUCUGACUUCAAUGCUAGUAUUCAGUUUGUGCAAAACCAUCUGGAUGACAUGGACCCAAAGAAGGGAGUGACGUGGGUCACAGUGCACUACAUGUUUGGUGAGAUCCAAUAUGGUGGCCGCGUCACUGAUGACUAUGACAAGCGUCUGCUCAACACCUUCUGUUCAGUCUGGUUCGGAGAGAAGAUGUUCGAGCCCAACUUCGUCUUCUACAAGGGCUACAACAUUCCCAAGUGUACAAAGAUCAAUGAGUACCAUGAGUACAUCAACGACCUGCCCUCUACCGACGCCCCUGAAGUGUUUGGACUUAAUGCUAAUGCAGAUAUCACUUAUCAAAGUGUGACUGCCAAGACUAUCUUGGAUACCAUUCUGAACAUCCAACCAAAGGACAGCUCCUCAGGGGGUGGGGAGACCCGUGAGUCCAUGGUCUACAAGUUCUGCGAUGAUGUCCUCAACAAACUGCCCCAGGACUAUGACCCAUUUGAGAAGAGGGCCUGCCUCACCAAACUGGGCAAUCUGGAGCCACUGGUGAUUUUCCUGAGACAGGAACUGGAUCGGAUGCAGAUUGUGAUCACAGCGGUCAGGAACACUGUUGUUGACCUCAAGCUGGCCAUUGACGGUACCAUCAUCAUGAGUGAAAAUCUCCGAGAUGCCCUGGACUGUAUCUACGACGGUCGUAUCCCAGCUGCUUGGAAGAAGAUUUCCUGGGACUCCAGUACCAUCAGCUUUUGGCUGAAUGAGCUUCAGGACAGGAACACCCAGUUCCGCUCUUGGCUCUACAACGGAGCUCCAAAGUCUUUCUGGAUGACUGGCUUCUUCAAUGCUCAAGGCUUCCUUACAGCAAUGAGACAGAAAGUGACCCGUAACCACAAAGGCUGGGCCCUGGACACUGUGGUCUUGUACAACGAAGUGACCAAAUUUGAGAACAUUGACGCCGUGCCUCAAGAGCCACAGGAGGGUGUCUAUGUCCACGGCCUCUUCCUAGAUGGCGCUGGCUGGGACAAACGGAACAGCAAACUAAUUGAAUCAAAACCCAAGGUCCUGUUUGAGUCCAUGCCAGUGAUUCACAUCACUGCAAUAAACAGCACCAGCAAUGCGGACAACCCCCGCUUGUACAAAUGCCCAAUCUACAAAAAGCCUCGUCGUACUGACCUCACCUACAUCGCGGAGGUCAUCCUUCGCACUGGUCAGAACGUUGUCGCUGAUCAUUGGGUCCUCCGAGGUGUUGCGCUGCUCUGUGAUGUCAAAUAAGUGACUCAGAUAACCGGUUUGUGUACUUCUUUAGACAGGACUAAAAACGUACAUGUAGAUCUAUUCUUGUCGAUACUUGCACAUCUGUUUUAUGAGGUAAGUUGUUUGAAUAACCUGUUCUUGAACUUAUUUGACAACACAGAAGGUGUACUCUUUAUUUUAUUUCAAUUGUUCCAUUAUCAAUAUCAAUUGUAGUAGGCUUUAUUCUAGUAGGCUAUGCAUUUAUUUGGUUACACAGGAAACAUUAUAAUCAUAUGGCAAUAUGUGAUUUUUUUUUUAAUGACUUAAAUUUUUCUAUACUAAUUGUGCAUUUCAAAUUUUGAACAAUUGUUGCAAAUUUUCCUCCUUUACAUGCAAAGUGAAUGAUGUGGUCUGUAGACCAUUUUCUGUUUCUUUACCAAUACGAAUUUAUGGCCAACAUCCGUCCAACUAUCACAGUGAUAUUGUUAUUUCCUCUUGCAUAUUUGUAUCUUUUCCUUCUACUCAUAUAUUAACUCAUUUUCUCAGCAUAUAUAUGUCCAUGUUUUUGUUGUAAUCCUGACUUACAUAUUAGUUCGGGAUAAGUUUUACACCAUUGCAAACUCAGCAUUGAUACCAAAUUGUUUUGAGCAAUUCAUUUCUUUGUUUCUGACAGAUGUUGACGAGUGGUCAGUUGAUGAAAGUUUCGUUUUUCUUCGUGCCUUCCACUUAUUUCUAUUAGCCCACAUGAAAAGUUUCUGUUCUACCACUGUAUGGAUAACAAAUGUGUUGAAUAGAAGUAAGUAACAUGCCUGAAGAAAAUCCCAGUACUUUUUCCCCAAACCCUGGAGAAUUGUGGGUGUCACUCGACCGAUUGCCUUUUACAUGUAUUUACUCUCAUUAUGUCAUCAUUUUACUCUCUUGGGCACAGGUUCUUUUCUAGUCUCAAUCCUUUCUCCAUGUGCUUUCCCAUUGCUGUUGGUUUUUUUCUCAGCCUUUAUAAGAUUUUUGUUUGGAGAAGUGUUUUGAUUAAGCUCGCAAAUGAAGGUGGCUUCUCAAAAUUCAUCGUGUCUUUUUCUUGAACCUUACUUUUGACCUUGCAUGUCAACUUGUCCUUCAUUUAUUUCAAAGAGAGAAUCAAAAUUUUUGUCUUUAAAAUUUCGUCUCUUAUCCACACUUUUUAAAAUACUCUUUGAAACUCUGCUACCAGCAUCAGAUUCAGUUCUUGUCAAUCAUGCAUCUCUGUCACUUUUCCAAGUUCACAGAAAUUCAUAUUGAUUUGUUCCUCAUCUCUUGAUUUUUUUUAGUUAUCUGUUCAUAAUAUAAUGAACAAUCUACGGAUAAGUUCGAGAUAUUUUUGCGGAGCAAAUACGAUUCUAAAUUAUUUAUGAAUAUCUUAUACAUUGCCCUAUUCUUUUAAUUUCAUAGAUUUUUUAUCUGUAGCGUUUUAUUGAAUUUUAAAAAGAUUCAGUGUAAUAAUAAAUGAUGUGGGAUUGAUUGAUUUUUUAAGUUAUAGAUGGAACUCAAAUUGUGACUGCAAGCAAUCUGGAAAGUUGUUCUAUUUAUUCAUCCCAUUUUUGGAGAUAUUUUGAUAAUAAUAAUAUAUUUUUGCAUAUGUAUUGUGAUAAGGUGAUUUUUUUGGUUGUCUUCUACACAGUGUAAUUUUUUGUUUUUGAGAUCUUUUAUAUGGAAUUUUCUUUACUAUUCAUAUAUCUUUUAAAUGUAUUUCUCUUUCACUCAGAGCAAUGAAAACUGUGAUAAUGCUAUUACUGAUUGAGUAGGGCUAUUUAGCUUCGACAGUUCUAAGGGUUCUGUUCGUAGAUAUUUUUAAAAAUCCAAUUUCUUGUAAGUUCCACAUUAACUUUUGAUAUUCAUGCCCUUGGUUUAGAUACAUAUCUAUAUAUUAUAUAAUAAAGAAUAUUAAAAACUUUAUGAAUG